CCCCAAGUCAGUCGUCGAUUGGCGUACGGUCGGUUCGGUUCGGUUCUUCUCUCAUCCAGGUUGACGUCCGCGUGUGUGUGUGCGUUUCUCACCUCUCUGCGCCUCCUUCGAUGGGGGUGGUGGUGGGUGGUUAAAAGACCCCUGGCUGCAGCUUUAAGGGCUAAUUUAGUGCUAGUUUGGUGCGGCGAUUGACGAUUUGACGCAUUUUAGGGGCGUUUUUCCAAAGGACGGAGCUCGUUCCGGGUUGUGUUUGCUUCCUAAACGUGGGGCGGAGUGUGGGCGCAUGUUUUGGGGUUGUUUUGCUACGACCCUAAACAAACAGAGCUGGGAAGUAGGAAAAAGGAAGAGUAUUUUUUUUUGGAAAAGGAUGUUGGCCCGCAGCUGAAGUUCUGGGAAGGAAAACUCCUUCCAGGAAGACUUGCAACUUGGUACCAGUGCCGUUUGUUGUCCCUCUUGUCCGCGGAACAAGACAAAAAAGGACACACACACCGAGUGAGAGGAAGUACGCGGUUUUCGAGGGAAAAUCGAUUAGAAGUGGUCGUCGUCGAUUUUUGACAGUGUGUGAGUGAGAGAAAGCCCGUCUGCGACGGAUUUGGGUGAGAAUUGCGCGAAACAAUCGCUGAAUUUCAUCUCUUAAAAAUUGAAAUCUUCAAAAAUACCGAAAAAAAUAAGGACAGUAGGGCAUACUGUUCGAACCCAGACGAGAAAAAAAAACAAAAAUCAAAAAGAAGAAAAUUUGAUUGCAUUAUUGCCUCCAGCGGAAAAAGGUUUGUUCGCGAGUGAGAAAAUCGCGGUGAGCGGUGAGAGAAUAAUCAAAAACGAGAGAACAACAGAAAGCCGGUGAGAAAAAGGCAGAUUGUUGAAUGAAAUCGUGAAAAAAUCGAGUGAUGUUUUGGUUUUAAUUAGGAAAUAACAAAAUCUAUUGAUGUUUAGCAUUUUUCUUCAAAUCGAUCGUCGUAUUUGUUGUUGGUAGAUUGUAAGCGAAAACGAAAACAGGCAUAAACGAAGAAAAGUGACGACUUGCGUAAAGCGAAAAUAAAUAAAAAUAUAAUAAAUAUAGAGUUUGUGUGACGGUGUCGAGUAUACAUAAAGAAAAAAAAACACCCCGAGAAGAAAAUUGCUUUUUCCCCACAAAUAUUCCCCGGUGAAUACUGAAAGGAGCAAAAUAAGGAAGUGCCGCUGGUGGAAGAUAAUCUGUCUUAUCCAAGCAGCACAGGAAAGUGAGGAAAACCAGAAAAAAAUAAUAAUAAUAAUCAUACGGUCAUAAGGAAAAAAAAAAUAGAGUCGGAAAAUUACACCAGUGAAGUGUGCGUAAUAAUCGUUGGUUGUUGUGGUGGUGGCUAAAGGAUAACGCAGCAGGCGGCGCAGUGUAUCGCGUGGGUGUCGAUUGAUGAACACAGAAUUUUGCCUGGAACUGGACUGACGAAAAAACACACCAGGCCUGCUAAGCACCCGGAGACCGAAUCGAAAAGGGCCUGCUUCGACACCAGCAGCCAACACGAUGCGGAUGCCCCGGCCAGGUGGCAGCAGCACCGUCGUCACAUCCGGCAGUGUUUGGACACUGUGGAAAAUGGAUUUUCUCCUAAUGGAAGUGGAUUUGGUCGCUUGAAUUGAAUUGGCCGCCGCCGCCGCGAGAUAAUCGGUAAUCGCGAGAAACGAUCCUAAAUUUGUGCGUGUGAGAGGACACACAAUCCGCCAGGAUUAGAGGGCAUUAGUGUGGCCGGGGGAGUAGUGUGUAGAACAGAGGAGUAGUAGAUCAAAUUUGUGUGCCACCAUGGUGGAAUCGGGUAGCAUCAGCCGGACCAGCCCCGGGUCGGGCGGGUCCAUUGGUGGGGUGGUGGCCGGCGUCCGGAGUGGCAUUCUGGAGACGCGUGUCCGCGGGGCGUGGUACCGGGUGUCGGUUACGCUCGAGUCGGACUACAUUUCGGUGAGCCUGGACGAGACGUGCGAGCCGGUGGAUCACAGUACGACGCUGAACGGGACGUUAGGGAGCAAUCACAGCGGCAACAAUAGUUCGAACAAUUCGUCCCAACCUUCCUCGGCCGGUGCAUCCGGACCGUCGAUCCAUUCGUCGGACAACCUGAGCAAUAGCGGUGGUGGCAGCGGGGGCACCAACGGGGUCACGACGCCGGCCGGAAGCAGUACGCUGAACGGCGCCGGAUGUCUGAACGGGGACAAUUUCCUCAACAACAAUAACAACAACAACAGCAACGGCAGCAGCACCAUUAACGGGUUGAUGAACAACAACAACGGUACCACGACCAGUAAUGGGGGCGGUGGGGGUGGGAGUGCGGGAAGUGGCAGCAACAACAACAGCAUCGACAACGGAAUCGCCGAGAUCUGCGACGUGCCGGACUCGGUGGCGAACCAGAAGCGACAUGUCCGCGUCAUCAAGUCCGACAACAACGGGCUCGGCAUCUCGAUUAAGGGUGGCCGCGAGAACCGGAUGCCGAUUCUGAUAUCGAAGAUCUUCCGCGGCAUGGCGGCGGACAGCGCCAAGGGCCUGUACGUGGGCGACGCCAUCCUGUCCGUGAACGGGGAGGACCUGCGGGACGCCACCCACGAGGAGGCGGUGCGGGCGCUCAAACGGGCCGGCCGGGUCGUCGAUCUGGAAGUGAAAUUCCUGCGCGAAGUGACGCCCUACUUCCGGAAGGCCAGCAUCAUCUCCGAGGUGGGCUGGGAGCUGCAGCGGGCGUUCCUGUGUCCGCUCGGGCCGGGCGCGUCGAGUCCGCCGGCGGCCGCCCCCCGCAGUCCACCCCGCGCCGACACCCGCUACAUUCCCCUGCAGCUGACGCAUCUGGCGCGGAAUCUCAAGUACCACGACGCGGAAAACCGCUGCAUCGAGCUCCACUCCCCGGACGGCAUCCACUCGUGCAUCCUGCGUGCCGUCGACCCCCAGGAGGCGACCACCUGGUUCAACGCGCUGCACUCCGCCAUCGGCAAGAGCACCCAGAAGGCGCUGCUAGACGCGAACCGCGCCCUGGUCGCGAUAAUCGGCGAGCUCAAGUUCAUCGGCUGGCUCAGUCGGCGGUGCAGCGGGGAACCGAAUGGUCGCUCCAGCUCGGAAAGCUCAGACGAAUUAGAUAAAUGGCAAUCAAUUUUCGUAGCCGUCACCGAUCGUGAAUUUCGAUUAUACGAGAGCGCCCCCUGGUCGGUGGAGGCCUGGAGCAGACCGUUUGAGUGCUGCCCCCUGGUGACUACGCGGUUGGCUGGCGCCGGCAAUACUUCCACCGUGGGUUCGAAUUCGAGCGCCCAGUCGAGCAUUUUCUGCGUGCGGUGCGGCACGACCCGAGGCGUCCUUAGCCACUGGCUGCGGUCGGAGACGAACCGCGACAUGGCCGCGUGGGCGCGCGUCCUCGUCCAGGGCUGCCACACGGCCAUCAUCACCCAGCGGGAAUUUUCGUUCCGGUGUUUGUAUCAGGGCCGCCCCUGUCAAUUAAUCGUCCACCUGGACCGGGGCUUCACGCUGCUGGAUUCGUCGCUCGUGGGCAGCGGCGCCCCCAUCACCAAGGCCCUCUGGUCGUUUCCGUUCGACAAGCUUAAAGGUUCCGCCGACGACGGGAACAAGCUGCUGUUUUUGGACUUUGCCGGCGGGCUGGAGGAUGGCAGCGGGGGUGCGGAAAUUGAACUCGACAUGGAGUGCUGUCCAAAGCCGGUGGUCUUUGUCCUGCACAACUGCCUGUCGGCCAAGGUGCACUCGCUGGCGUAAACUUGGAACUUGGACCUGACGCUUGGCUUGUAGAGAAAUGAAAAGUAUUAUUUUACUAACAGCAAUUAAGGGACCUUCACGCCCUCGAUGUAAAUAUUCACACAUUAUGAGAGAAAGUAAUUGAGGUAAAUUUGAGGAAAAGGUAAGAAAAAGAAGCACGCUGUUUUGUUGAACUCUAAAAAAUUGUUCUGCUAAUUGUUUAAUUUCUGAUUCGUUCCCAGUGCUAUUAUCUAUUUGUAAGUAUUAAAAAAACGUAACAUUAAAUUUUGUUAACAAAAAAAAACAGUUAUUAGAGAAAUAAGUCGCUUCUGUUACUGUGCGCAAGUCAAGAAAUAGAGAAAUUUCCCGAAAACACCACACACAUUAUUGAAAAAGUUUGAGAAAAA